AUGAGUGAACAUAGACCAUCAUCAGGGGAAAAGAUUAAUGGAACUUUUGUUCCUAAACCGAUCUUGCCAAUGAAACGCUCUAGAUUAACGGGAUCUAGCGAUUUUGAAGAUAGGGCAGGCACUCCUUUGCAAACUAGGGUUGCCUCACCAUGCACUUUAAAUCCUCCUAUAGAUAGUGAUGGAUUAUCGUGGCCUUCGAAGGGUGCUAGGUUAAGGAUUGAUCUGACCCCAGAAGAAGCAGCGUCAAGAGAAAAGCGUAUUGCUGAUGCCGUUCGGACUAUCUUGAAUGAGUUAGGUGAGGAUGUAGGUAGAGAAGGUUUGAUAGAGACACCGGAACGUUAUGCCCGUGCAAUGCUUUACUUUACUAAAGGGUAUGAGGAUAAUAUCAGAGAUGUUAUCAAAAGAGCAGUUUUCGAAGAAAACCACGAUGAAAUGGUCAUUGUAAGGGACAUUGAACUCUAUUCUUUGUGCGAGCACCACUUAGUGCCCUUCUUUGGAAGAGCUCACAUAGGCUAUAUUCCAAAUAAGAGAGUGCUCGGCUUAAGUAAGUUGGCAAGAUUGGCGGAAAUGUACGCAAGAAGGUUCCAAGUUCAGGAGAGAUUAACCAAGCAAAUCGCCAUGGCAUUAAGUGAAAUCUUGAGACCAAGAGGAGUAGCUGUGGUUAUAGAAGCCACCCAUAUGUGCAUGGUGAGCAGAGGAGUCCAAAAGAGUGGAUCAUCGACAACGACGAGCUGCAUGUUAGGUUGUUUCCGUGAUCAACAGAAGACAAGAGAAGAGUUUUUGACUCUUUUGGGUAGAAAAUAA